CCCCUUCAGACAGAGCAGUGUGAGCCACCAGUUAAGACACACACACACAUACACAGCUACACAUAGACGCGUGCAGCACACGCCGUGCCUACAGCUGAGCAACUUUGUGUGCUGGAGCGUCACAGAGACACAAACUGGUCUGCAUAUACAGAUACAUAUCUAGUGUCUCAAGAGGACAGGAGACAGUGUGGAAGUGAGGGACAGAGAGGAGCCGGAGAAAGCAUCUAAAUGGCCAACGUUGUGACGUCGGUGUGCUACGUGGUGCUCGCAGCCGUGGUGGUGGUGUAUGCCCAGCGACGCGGCCAGCAAGGAGGCAGGAUCCAGUAUGCGAGGAUCGGCAGCAAUGUAACAAUGCAGUGUGGGUCUCUGGACAAUGAUGCCUCAGUCACGUGGAAGGUGAAUGGGACAGAUGUUAAGGCCAAGCGGAGGGAGGAAGGGCCACGACUUAUUCUCAUGGAGGUGGACAUGAGUAGCAAUGGCCUAUACAGCUGUUUCCAGAAUCCUGAUGGCCAACGUCGUGAUCAGAUCACAUUUCGCAUUGGACUUCCUCCGAGGGAACCGCAGGUGACGUGCCGAUCAAACACGUACCCCAAGGGCUUCUACUGCAGUUGGCACCUCUUACAUCCCACAUACAUCCCUACGGAAUUUGAAGUCGACGUCCAACACAACCAGAAGUCUCUAGAAGUGAAAAGGGACGAUGCCCAUAAGAACAGAUGCCAUGUGAAGUUUCCUGAGCUCUUCUCUAGCUUUCCUUACCGAGUCAACGUCACGGCGAUCAACGAGCUCGGGAGAGCAUCCACAGCUAUCAGCUUCGAGGAGUCAAACAUGGUGAAACCAGAUCCUCCAGAGAAGGUGGUGGCCAGACCCAUUCCCAACAACGCACGAAGGCUUGAGGUGACCUGGAACAGCCCAUCCACAUGGCCGGACAUCGAUUCCUUCCCUCUGAAGUACUUCCUGCGCUACCGUCCGCUGAUCAGAGACCAGUGGCAGCAUGUGGAGCUCUCAGACAGCACCUCCCACACCAUCACAGACGCUUACGUGGGGAAGGAGUACAUCAUCCAACUAGCUGCUAAGGACAUGGAGAUCGGCACUUGGAGUGACUGGAGCGUAGCUGUGCACGCAACACCCUGGACAGAGGAACCCAAACCCAUCACCUCCACCACAGAGGCAGACUUGCCCAUAGAGACCACGCCAUCUGCUGCCCCACCCUCACCUAGGCCCAGAGUGGGUGGUGCUACAGGAGGAUGCAAUGUCCUCCUCUGCUCAUCCCAUAUCCUCCUGGCGUGUGUUCUGCUGUCCAUGAUGUGAUGUUUAUAAUUCAUUCCUGUGGAAAGUCUUCUAGUUCUAUUUUGCACAUCUAAAUGGAUAUCGUGCAUUGAUAAUUUAAUUCGUUUUUUUUUUUUUUUCUCUCUCACAAAAAGAAAAAAAAAUAGUAAGAUUAAUAAAUGAUGACAUUAAGGACGGAAGGGGGAAAAACGAACUGAAAUGCAUCACGGGCAGCGUGGCUGAAGGUGGAGUGAGUGCAGGCACGGGACUCUGUACCCCAGGGAAGCUAAACAUAUGGGGAUACGUGAGUCAACAGGCUUCUGUCUCACAGUAGCACAACAAUGAAAAAACAGACAAACAAACAAGCAAAGCAUCCAUCCUUCUUUCCCCUUUGACUUUUUUUCAAACAAAUCAUAGCCUUUUUUUGAUGUUUUGCACACACUGGAGGUACGAUGGUGGUACGAGCUCAACCUUUGUGUGUCAUGAAAUUCAGCAGCAUACAGCUACCUGUUCAUGCCAAAGACGUGGAGAUUUCUCUUUCCCACGAUCCUUAGCUUCCCCAAGCCUGUGUCUGUGCGAGGGACUGGAAGCUGCAGCGCAAAAUCUCCAUCCAGCAAACUGGAGCUUCAUAGACUGAGGACUAACAAACUUAGAAUGAAGGUCAUCAUUUUGAUUAAUUUUCUCUUUACAGCAUUUAGCUUUCUUUCUUUCUUUCUUUCUUUCCUUCUUUUUUUAUUUCUCUUUAUUUGUAUUCAGCUCUUGAUAAUGAGAGGCUGAAAGACAGACGCUUACGCACACACAUUUAAAAAAUAAAAAACAGUGUCUUACUUCA